AUGAACACGACGCCAAAUUCAGAUCCUCGCAAGAUGAAUAAUCUCUUUAUCUCUCAAUUUCGCCCUGAGAAGCAAGCAGCUGACACACUCGAAAGAGAGGCUCAAAGACACUGCGACCCAUUCGAACGGAGGAACCUCCACCAUGCGGCGGAGAGCCCGAUAACGCUGACCUUCGAGGAGUUCGCCCUCGACGACAACCCUGACUGCAAAGAGGAAUUCCUCAGCAUCUCGAAUUUCGACUGGGCCAGAUUCUGCGGGGAAGAAGUUCCAGCCACGAUAGAAACCUCAGAAACUACCGUCACCGUCACGUUCGCGAGCGACGGUAACCGGUCGGUUAACGGGGACCGCCGGUUCCGCAUUUCCUACGACAUCGGCCUGGAAUGCGAGCCGGGAUGGGUCAAAUUCCGGGGUCAAUGUUAUUACUUUGGCUCCACGGACCGGCCCGAUUUCGGGAUGUUAGAUGCCGAUGAGGCAUGCCACGACAUGGGGGCGAAUGUCACCAGCAUCCAUUCGCGGGAGGAGGACGAAUUCGUCGCGUCGAAAGUGAAAGCGUCUUUCAGUCUCGUUGGGGGAUACACGGGAUUAGGGUUCCCGAAUGAUACGUUCGACUUUGAGUUCCUGGACGGAUCUGCGGCGGAUUACCAGAAUUUCAACGAUGUCGGCAUGAGGUUGGAUCCUUAUAGUUGGAUCGUGGUCACCGUCGACGAAUGGAUGAAUUUUCCUUGCGACGACCUGCGGUCGUUUGUCUGCGAGGUUGGAGAUUCCCUGCAGAUCUGGCAUUCGAACGGCACUUUCGACGCGGCCAGAAGCGAUUGCAUAUCCAGCGGCGGCGAUUUGAUCGCUAUAAAGGACCGAGACCGGAGGGCAUCGCUGAUGGAGACGAUCCUCGACGUGCACGAUCCCCUGCCGCGAGAAUUCUGGAUCGGCUUGAAGCUCGACGUCACAGGGGACUGGACUUGGGUCGACGGGUCCCAGGUGACAUACGCCAACUGGGCCACCGGCUAUCCACUGCCCGGACGAGGCUCGUGCGCCGCUGCGGUCCCCUCGACCUGGGCCACCGUCGGGUCCUGGGCGUUCGGCUGGUCCUGCAAGAAACCAGCGCGACGGCAUGGGAGGAGAAACAGCUGGUCGACGAGGUGCGAGGAAAAAGAUCCAGGGAGGCACGAGAUACUCGACGCCUUCGCCGUCAUGAAGUCCCUAGUGAUUCUGUGGUCUUUGCUCGCGGGUGUUUUUGGGGAAGGGAGGCAGCAGUGCGGGGGGACGCUGAUGGAUGGCUGGGGUGUCAUCAAAUCCCCCAGUUACCCAAAUGAAUAUCCCGUCGACUUGCAAUGCCUCUGGACCAUCUCGGCGGGGAGCCCGAUCACCCUGACCUUCGAAGAGUUCUCCCUCGACGACAACCCCGACUGCACCGAGGAGUUCCUCCGGAUCACGAACUUCGACUGGGCCGUCUUCUGCGGGGGGGACGUGCCCCGAUCCAUCUCGACCUCCGAUUCCAUCAUCACCAUCAUCUUCAAGAGCGACGGCGCCGCCUCGGGCGAGGGCGACCGACGCUUCCGCAUCUAUUACGAAACCGAUGGCAGUUGA